UGCCUUUCUUUUUAGACAUGCCAUUACCUUUGGCCUUUGAUAACCAGCUUUUUUGUUGCCUUUGGGCUUUUGAAAAGCCUAUAUAAGGAGGGGGUGGGCAUGGGAACUAAGGAUUUAAGGCUUCAGUAGAGAGAGAGGGAGAGACAGAGAGAGAGAGCUCAGUCUGGGCUGGUGCAGCUUAGGAUCACUACAAAUUCUCAGUUCCUUAUUUCUAUUAGCUCUUGAGGAAUCCCUUAAUAGAUUUACCUUUGUUAAAGUUACUUCAGACCCAUCAACCUCAGUUUCUUUUUAUGUCCAUUAAAACCAGUCUUUUCUUCAUUUCCUCUCUUUCACAAUCACACCGAACUUGAAAGGUUGCCUGUUCUUUGCAGGUCUAUUUUAAGAAAAAAUAAAACUUGACUGGUCCUUCUAUCAGAUGUUUUGUGAGCACCCAUAGAAACUAUAUGCAUAUAUAGAGGAGGGGCAUACUUGUAUCCUCAGCUUGUCUUGUUCUUUGCUUUUAUAUUGAGCUCUACCCUCUCUUCAUAUUUCCAUCCUUUCAUUUUAAGGAAUCCCUUCACAGUAUGAAAGGAACUCUAGAAUAUCUGUCUGGUCUGUUGGGCAGUGGUCACAAGCACAAGAAGAAGAAGCAGCUGCAAACUGUGGAGCUCAAGGUCAGGAUGGACUGUGAGGGCUGUGAGCUCAAAGUCAGAAAAGCCCUUUCCUCCUUGAAAGGAGUUGAAUCAGUGGACAUAAACAGAAAGCAGCAGAAGGUGACUGUGACUGGUUAUGUGGAUGCAAACAAGGUGUUGAAGAAGGCCAAGUCCACAGGAAAGAAGGCUGAGCUCUGGCCAUAUGUGCCCUACAAUUUGGUCACCCAGCCCUAUAUUGCAGGGACCUAUGAUAAGAAGGCUCCCCCAGGCUAUGUUAGAAAUGUUGAGGCUUUGUCUGCAUCCAACCAAGCCAUCAGGCAGGAGGAUCAGAUCACCAACAUGUUCAAUGAUGAGAACCCAAACUCCUGCUCUAUUAUGUAAGAUAAUAAUAAUAAUAAUAAUAAUAAGCCUUAAUAUAUGGAAAGAAGUGGGGGUAUGUGAUAGAAUUUCCCUUCUUGAUGGAGGUGGUUAGGCCACUAUAGUAGAUUAAUGUUGUAUGUGUGCUGUGGUAUGGAGUGCAUUAGUUUUUAUGUAGGGUAUAUGGUUACUAAAUGGUGUGUGGUAGUGCUGCUGUGUUGCAUGUUUUCUUGUGCAUUAAAUUUUCUGGUUUCCUUACCUCAA